GGCGAGGAGCCGGACGACGACGACGCGGCAACUUCGCUCACUCUUCCCGGGCUGGGGCGCGCGGGCCGGGAGGGGGCAGCCUGGACUGGGAAGACUCGGUCUGGCCCAGCGGCGCCCCGAGUUUGCCCGCCUGGCGUCUUCCGUGGUGGGGAGCCCAGCAGACGCUUCAGGACGACUUGGUGCGUCGGUGGUGCAGCGAGCGGGCCGAGGCGAGGGCGCCGGAGUUUGCGAAGAGCUGCUUUGUGUUUGAGCACAGACAUGGCCACCCAGGUGAUGGGGCAGUCUUCCGGAGGAGGAGGGCUGUUCACCGGCAGUGGCCCCAUGGGCAUGGCCUUGCCAAAUGACAUGUACGACUUGCCCGAUCUCUCUCGAGCUGAACUGGCUGCGCCUCAGCUCAUCAUGUUGGCAAACGUGGCCUUAACUGGGGAAGUAAAUGGCGGCUGCUGUGAUUAUGUGGUUGGCGAAGAAAGACAGAUGGCAGAAUUGAUGCCUGUUGGGGAUAGCAACUUCUCAGAUAGUGACGGAGAAGGACUUGAGGAGUCUCCUGAGGUGAAAGGCGAACCCAGUGGGCUGGAGAAGAUGGACCUGGAAAGUUUGGAACUCAGCGUUGUCCAGCCACGGCCUGUGUUCGAGGCGUCAGCUGCCUCAGAAACGUACAGCUCCAACAAAGACCUUCCUCAGGAGACGCCCGCAGCAGAGGACAAGUGCAAGACCUUGAAGACCAAACCCUUCCGCUGUAAACCGUGCCAGUACGAGGCCGAAUCUGAAGAGCAGUUUGUGCAUCACAUCCGAGUUCAUAGCGCCAAGAAAUUUUUUGUGGAAGAAAGUGCAGAGAAGCAAGCAAAAGCCAGGGAAUCCGGCUCUUCUCCUGGGGAAGAGGGCGAUUUCUCCAAGGGCCCCAUCCGCUGUGACCGCUGUGGCUACAACACCAAUCGCUAUGAUCACUACACUGCUCACCUGAAACAUCACACCCGAGCCGGGGACAAUGAGCGCGUCUACAAGUGCAUCAUAUGCACGUACACCACAGUGAGCGAGUAUCACUGGAGGAAGCACCUGAGAAACCACUUUCCAAGGAAGGUUUACACAUGUGGGAAAUGCAACUAUUUUUCAGACAGAAAAAACAAUUAUGUUCAGCAUGUUCGAACUCACACAGGUGAACGUCCAUAUAAAUGUGAACUUUGUCCUUACUCAAGUUCUCAGAAGACCCAUUUAACCAGGCAUAUGCGUACUCAUUCAGGUGAGAAGCCAUUUAAGUGUGACCAGUGCAGCUAUGUGGCCUCUAAUCAGCAUGAAGUAACCCGCCACGCAAGACAGGUUCACAACGGGCCCAAACCUCUAAACUGCCCGCACUGUGACUAUAAAACAGCAGACAGAAGUAACUUCAAAAAGCACGUGGAGCUGCAUGUGAAUCCACGGCAGUUCAACUGCCCUGUGUGUGACUAUGCAGCUUCCAAGAAGUGUAAUCUGCAGUAUCAUUUCAAAUCUAAGCAUCCUACGUGUCCUAAUAAAACCAUGGAUGUCUCAAAGGUGAAACUAAAGAAAACCAAGAAGCGAGAGGCUGACUUGCCUGAUAACAAAAUCACCAGUGAGAAACCAGAAACAGAGCAGGCAAAAGUAAAGGGGGAUGUGACUGGGAAGAAAAAUGAGAGGUCUGUAAAAGGGGAGAAGAAAGAGAACGUUUCAAAAGAGAAACGGCCUUGUAGUAAUGCCUCAAGCCAGGUGACCACCAGAACUCGCAAAUCGGCCAUGGAAGCGAAAGAAGUGGAUGUGUCCCCAGGAAACAAUUCAGAAAAGAGCUGCAGAAGCAAGAAAAGCAAAAGGAAGGUGGAAGCUGAAGCCCAUUCCUUACAAGAGCCUGUUAAUGAUGAGGAACCUGUGACAAAAAAGAAAAAGAAGGCAGAAAGCAAAUCCAAAAAUAGUCAGGCAGUGCCAAAGGGUGACAGCAAAGUAGAGGAGAAUAAAAAGCAAAACAUUUGCAUGAAAAACAAGAGGAAAACCGUGAGAAGUAAACCAUGUAAGAAGAGCAGCCAGCCUGCUCAGAGGAGGCCCACUCAGAUGGAGUCUGCUCAGGUGGGGUGUGUUCAGACGGAGCCGCCCCCCCCUCCUCCCCCUUCCCCUCCCCCUCCUGUGGGGGGCGUUGAGGUCGAGGUUGUCCAGAAGGGGCCUGUUCAGAUGGAGCCGCCUCCUCCCCUGGAGCCGCCUCCUCCCCUGGAGCCUGUUCAGGCCACCCCUGUUCAGAUGGAGCCGCCGCCUCCCCUGGAGCCUGUUCAGGCCACCCCUGUUCAGAUGGAGCCCCCUCCUCCCCUUCCUCCUCCUCCCCUUCCCCGUCCUCCCCCAGAGCCUGCUCAGGUGGGGUCUCUUCAGACAGAGCCUCCUCCUCCCCCUUCCCCUCCUCCUCCUGUGGGGGACGCUGAGAUGGAGGUGGUUCAGACGGGGCCUGUUCAGACAGAGCCGCCGCCUCCCACGGAGCCGAUCCCCAGAAGGUCUCCUCGCAGAGAUCAUGGAAAGGAGAAGUCCAGCAUGCUGAGUGAAAGGGCGCGGAAGGAGCAGGUCCUCAUUGAGGUCGGCUUAGUGCCUGUUAAAGACGCGCAGCGUCUGAAGGAAAGUGCCUGUGCCCAGGAUCUCUCCCCACCGUCACCAGCCCUGCCAAAGGAAAACUCAAGCGGGGAGGAAUCGCAAGGCCAGCAUUUGUUCCCUGCAGGCGAAGGGAAGAAAGAAGCCCCUCCUCAAAAAGCGGGAGCAGAAGAGGCAGAUGAGAGUCGAGCUGGUCUUGCUGCUGUUAUCAAGGCAUCUGCCAACACUUCAUCCUCUGAACAAAACUUGAAUAUGCCAGAGGGGGAAACUUCAGAGGAUAAACAUCAGGCCGAAGCUGUGCUCUGUGAAAUGGAGGUGGACACUGACGAGAGGAAAGCAGCGAAUUUCCCCAGCAGAGCCGCGACAGUUGAAGAACCAGUUUCACCACCACUUCCUGCUCUGCCGCUGGAAAAACAUGAAGCGGUGUCCACGGCGGCUGUGGCGUCCCCACCUCUCACCGUGGCAGUGGGUGAGUCUCAGGAAAUGGAUGAAGACGAAGGCAUCCACAGUCACGAUGGAAGCGACCUGAGUGACAACACGUCAGAGGACAGUGACGAUUCUGGAUUGAACGGGGCUCGGCCAGUCCCACAGGAGGCCAGUGGGAAAGAUGGAAAGGAGGCCUUGGCUGCCAGAGUGGCCGAGGGAGGUUUCGUUUGUAUCUUCUGUGAUCGUUCUUUUCGAAAGGAAAAAGAUUACAGCAAACACCUCAAUCGCCAUCUGGUCAAUGUAUAUUUCCUUGAAAAAGCAGCUCAAGGGCAGGAGUAAUGACACUCUGGUCAAGGUUUCAGUUCUUAGUGGAUAAGGUCUCUGACAUUUUAUAUUCAUUUGCAGUAGUAGACAGCCUUUUUUUAAAAUUAAUUACUGUCCAAUCUUGAUUUUUAAGUGGCACUCUUUUUUUCUUAGGACUCCGUGUACCUACUCAUGUACACAUUUUAGUAAAUCCAAGGGAGUUUCUGUCGCAGACAUCUAAAUCUCUAAGCUUUUUUUUUUUUUUAAUCUGUUUUCAUUUAAUUUAACUAAGGAGGCCAAGGUGGUAUUAGAGCAUUCUGUCAAUUUGUUCAGCUAUAACUUACCAGUUUUUUCCUCAUGUCUGUCUUCCUAUUUCAUUUUAGUUUAUUCUUUGUUUAUAGCCCUAUAAAAAUUGGCUUACUUAAAUAGCAAAUUACUUGAAGAAUUUGCCUGCUUUAUAUAAAGUUAGCACUUUAAAUUGUUCUAGCGAUAAGAAGAGAGACAUUGAAUUUGAAGAGAAAUUCUCCCAACAAUGGAUGUUCUAUCAAUCCAGGUAUUUACGUUCCUGAAUUUUGAUCAGUAUGUAUGUUUAUUUGUGUAUGUGUUAAUUGUCAUAAAAACAAUGAUUUUGGUGGGUUUUUUUUUUUUUUUUUGGUGCUUUAAUGCCUUAAGAUGUUGCACAUUGUUUUUUUUUUUAACCUAUGCAGUUAAAUUUUUUCUAGAAAUAGCAUUUGCGUUGUAAUACUUUAUAUAUGCAUGUUUAUUUUGAUCUCUCUGGAGGGAUGCUUUUUAGUAUUGUUUGCAAAAGGGGCAGUUUUCUUUUUCCUUGCCGCAGUUGUCUUUUCUGAAGAAUAGUAGUCUGUGAAAAUUUGUGAGCAAAUGAAAGAUGCAGGUUUAGUCCAUUGAUUUUGAUUUUAACAUCUAUGCCAGAAUCUGUAUUUCAUUUAUUUAUUUUAAAUUGAUGUAGUGAGCUCACACCUUUCAGUUUGAACUUUGCAGUAAAUACACCACUAGAUCUAUGUUGAAUGGAUUUUUAUAUCAAAUACCAACCAUAAGUAAAUUUUUUGGCUCAUCUUAGUACAUCUACUUCCUCAAUGUGUGGUAUUAAGUUGUAUCUUAUAGGAAACCUCUUUUCCUGGAUGGUUGGUGUUUGUUUAUAUGUCUGCUCCGCUGAAUUAAGAGCUGUAAUUUUUAUUUGGAAACUGCAAAUCUGGAACUAGGAGGCAUAAUGACUCCUUCCAGUUACACACAGUAUCAGUUGUGAGACUCCAAAGCCAUAGCAGUUACACAGAAAACCCAGGAUGAGGAAGGUAGUGUGAGUGCUGGUAGACCAGCUGCUCCUCCUGUGAGCAUGGUGAGGAGGGCUGGCGAAACGGAAGUUCAGUCCAGAUUCAAAAUCACACUUUCUCAGGGAUCUCCACCAACUAGUGGGUGUCCUGGCUGUUACCGGGACAGUCUUUUGCUACAGGUGAGGCCUCAAAUGAAUAACUAUUUUGGUGUUCCUACGGGACCACUUUGUAUGGAAAAGAGUAUGUGCUCCAAGCUUGGUAGGUUCUUUGGCCAGUCACCAAAGAAUAUGAAAGAAUCUAACAUAGGUUUUUGUUUUUCCUUGUAAAAUAAAGUAUGAUUCCGGUAAGGAACCUUGAUUCUUAUCCUCCCAGGUUCUAUUCUGAAGUAAUCACUUUAUAUAUUGUUUGUUUUCUUUUAUCUGAUUGAUCUCUGAGGCAGGUUUCAGGGUUUGGCAAUGCAACAUGAAAAAUUAGGAAGAAGUAUUAAACUGUGUGUGGAAAACUAGUUAUUCUGAGAGUGGACGUUUAAGGUAAAGGACAUUUGAACUUGGAAUUGACUGGGAGGCCAAAGAUUUAAAGAAGCAGAAAAUUUUCUCAAGACAUGAGUAAGUUGUGUAUUAUUGAUGUGUGUUUUCUGUACAUAAUAGGGAUUUGUAAAUGAUGUUGAAUUCUAGGUGAAUUCUCGGCUCCGACAAUCAUUGUCAAACAGAUCAAGCUGCAGAUAUUUAUGUUUUAAAACUUAAAUUAUAAAGCUAGUUAAACCUUUCCAACAACUAGAUUUAAUGUUCAUUAGUACAUUUUAUAUUAAAACGUUACCUUUUUCAGUACAUAACAAAAAUAUUCAUAUUAAGUACAAAUUGGAGAUUAGGAAUCAGUUUGGAUUCUUUUGAUACCUCAAAAGAAAAAAAAAUGACUUCUGGGGAAUUGGACUUAUUUUCUUAUCUAGAUUUUAAGACUAGAAUGCCAAAACGAAAAAUAUGAAAGAAAUUAAAACCCCUCAUUAAAGUGAUUUGUGAAAACAUUGUUACUGGAAAUUGAAUGGGCUUGAGGCCUUUCCUCCAGAAAACAAGGACUUGUUUGUCAGGCCUAUAUUAGGUUCUGAACCUUAGUGCCAUGUAUUUGUUCUUAUUAAAAAUCGUUUGAUUACAAAAAUUGUUUCAUUGAAAAAUAGAUUAGUAAUAUGAACUUCUGGUCUAGUUCUUCCAUUUGAAAAAUGUGCUAUUUGCUUUGAAUCUUUUUUUUCUCGCUUUCCCUUCCACUGGAUAGGAUUGAAGCUAGACUUUUCCCUUUUGAUAAAGGAAUAAAAAGUAAACAUGUUGUAAACUGAUGUUUAGUAUUAAAGGUUGAAAUACUUAGAAUACCUUUAUAAGCCUAAUCCUAGGUAGCUUUGUAAAAUAUAUCUCUUAACUGUCUUCUGAACCUAUGUUCACGUUGCUUUUCAGGAUAUUUUAAGUUAUUUUUUUUCCUCUUUUCAGAGCUGCUUCAUUGAGGCUUUUUUUUUUUUUUUUUUUUUUAAUUGAUGUGUAAUUCAUAAAGAGCUAUUCUUUUUUUUUUUGAUUAGGCUUCUUUUAGCUAUUGCCAGAUGUUUUGCUCUAGUCUUCCAAGAAAGGCCAUUUUAUUUUUUAGAGUCACUUCUAAAGUCACGUGGUCUUUAACUUUGGGGACUCUUGCAUCUGAGUGCUAAUUCAGAUUUAAGCCUAAGUAACCUCAUUGCCUCUCACCCCAAGAAUGUUGAAAUGGGAGAAAUACUUUGCUGUAGUUCUGGACUAAAAAGCUGGGGAAGAAACUUCGUUUUCUUUUUUGCACAAAUCAGAAAAACAGCUACUGUGCAGAGUUGCCUUGUUGACUUCAGCUGAUGAACUGGACUGCUAGUGUUAAUUCAGAGUUAAGAAAUUAUCUGAAUCUUUGAAUAGAUUUGGGAUCUGCAUGUAAUAUUAACUAGAUCAGAUAGCUUUUUUAUACUUUCACAUGUAUACAUAGGCUCUCCCUACCCUUGUCAACACCAUUAGUUAUUGAACUUUGUGAACUGGCAUUGAAACAUUACAACAAUGUUUUGUUGUACCAGUGUAUAAACUUUUACAGUGCAAUACAUGGUGUUUUUCAGAGACAAACCAAAGGUUUAUUUCUCAAGGUUCCUGCUGUUUGCUUUAACAGCAUUUGAUGGAGAAUCUUUUAUAUACAUUUUUAAUAGAUGAAAAGCCAGAUUGCAAAUCCCUUUUAUUGUUUUUUGAAGCAAACCAUGUACCAGGUUUUUGGUCCCAAUUGUGUAGGAUAAGUUAAAUUGCAUUCUAUUAACCCAUAUAUAAGUGUAUUUCUGUAAGCAUAGUAAUGUUGAAAUAAAGUUUUAAAAAGCA